AUGACGAGACGGGAGGAAGGGGGUGUCGUGAGGGGUCACGGGGGUGGGAUGGGGACGCAGUGCCGGGGCCGCGCCCCGCAGAGAGUACGCCGGGAGCCCGCGGAGACGGCGGGGCCGUGCUCCCGAGGCCGCCCACCCGAUAACGCGCUGGAAGCGCUGCUCACCCCGGAAGCCCCGCCCCGCGCGGCCACACCCCCGGGCCCGCGCCGCCGGUACCCGCUGCCUGACGCCCGGCCGGCCGUGCCGCUGUGCUUGCCCGCCGCCCGCUGGGAGGGCGGCUCCCCCCGCAGCGCGCCUUGGGCCCGCCGUGCCGGCCCGCUCCGCAGCCCCGUCACCGUGAGAAUCGCCCCGCCGGCCGUCGGCAUCGCCCGCUCACCGGCUCUAGAGCAGCUGGUCUCGCCUCUGGCCUUCCCGGCCACCAGCAGCCCUGACCCAUGCGCGAAGGAGACUGUGCUGAAUGCCAUCAGGGAGAGCAGGAAAAGGGCCGUGGAGGAAGAUGAGGAAGAGGACCAGACUUCUGGGAAUGAUCAAGAGAGCAAAAGAAGGCGCCACGACAGCAGUGGAAGUGGGCAGUCAGCAUUUGAGCCACUGGUAGCCAAUGGUGCCCCUGCUUCUCUCAUACCCAAGCCAGGCUCUCUGAAGAGGGGCCUCGUCUCACAAUGCCCAGAUGACUGCUCCAACAAGAGAUCUCGCACCUCCUCCAUGAGCUCCCUCAACAACACCUACACUGGUGGGAUCCCCAGCUCCAUCCGCAACGCCAUUGCCAGUUCCUACAGCUCCAGCCGGGGCCUCACACAGCUGUGGAAGAGAAGUGGUGUGAACAUGUCCCCUCUGUCCAGCCCAGCGUCCUCCCGCCCCCAGACACCAGAGUGGCCUCUCAAGAAAGCCAGGGAAGAGGAGUCACAUUGUUCCAGUGCUUCCACCCCAGUGAAAUCAGACAAGGAGCUGCUGACAGAGAAAGUGGUGGAGUCACCGGUGUGGAAGAAGCAGAAUUCCUUGAGCCCGCCAUCCGCAUCAGGGAGCAGUGGGAAGCGCAAACGGAAGAUCCCCUUGCUGUCGUCUCUCCGUGGGGACCAGCUGGUGCUGCCCCCGCCACCUCAGCUGGGCUACUCCAUCACCUCAGAGGACCUGGACGCAGAGAAGAAGGCAAUGAUGCAGUGGUUCAACAGUGUCUUGGAGGAUAAGGCUGAUGCAGUCCCCAGCACCACUGCAGCGAUGAUGCCUGUGUCCAAACCACUGGUGUUUGCUGUGACCUCCCCUGGGCCUAUGCCUGCCUCCACAGCUCCUGCUCCGGCCAGCUCCUCACUCCUGGACAGCCUGAAGAAGAUGCAGAGCAGCCAGGCUGUAUCCACAGCACCAGACUCCACUGGAAUUGCAGCAGCAUCCCAGCCACCUCCCUCAGCUGCACAGCCACCUGCUCCUGCUGUGUCAUUGGAGUCGAGCUCUCUGCCUGCCAUCUCUGCUGACAUCAAGCCUGUGCCUGUAUUGAGCACACCCGGCCCCAGUGCUCUCCCUGCCCUGGCAGUGCAACCCCCCAGCAGCCUGGCACCUCCUGUGUUCACUGAGCUGGGCCAGACCCCCAGCAAGCCUCCCUCCUUCCCAAAGCCAAGCAUCCUGUUUGGGAUGCCGAACACCACUCCAGACAGCCAGCCAGCGCUGACUGUGGCCACUGCCCUGCCCACCGUGGCCACUGCUGCGCCCACUGCAUCCACUGCUGUGCCCACCACAGUCACUGCCACGCCCUCCACGACUCCCAUCUUCAAACCCAUCUUUGGUGCUGUGCCGAAGAGUGAGAAUGCAGCAGGCUGCACGGCUGUCACUUGCACCACAGCCACCGUGGAAGCCACAGCAAGCUCGGGCCCUGCCUCAGCGUCUCCCACAUCCUCCAUAUUCAAGCCCAUCUUUGGCAGCGUCACCGCAGCUUCAUCUCCAGCGAAAGUCUCUCCUUUCGCCUUCAAACCUGCUGCACAGCCAGCCUCAGAGCCACCAACUGCCUCCACAGCUACUCUGGCAGGAUUCACGGGUCUUCCCAGCGUCAUCUUCACCACUGCAGCGACAACUGCCACUACCCAGAGUUCCUCCACAGAUGCCACCAUUAAACCUGUCUUCAGCUUUGGACUGAACCCGCCUGCUUCCACUGGCCCUGCCCCCAGCGUGACUGUCACCGCUGCCACCUCCACCAGCACAACACAGCCCUUUCUGUUCGGGGGCCUCGCCAGCUCUGCUCCCAGCACAGAAGCCAGCUUUGCCACCUCAGGGCCUGUGUUCCAGUUUGGGAAGCCACCUCCAGCUACAGUCACUGCCACCACCAGUGUCCCAGGAGGCCCUGCCUUUGGCCAGGUACCUACAAGCUCAACAGCUGCUGCCACCACUGUGGGCUUUAGCAUAUUUGGGAGCACUACACUGACCUCCUCUGCCCCAGCCACCACAGCUCAAGCGCCGCUGACAUUCGGCUCCUCUGUUUCAGCUUUUGGCAGCUUUUCAGCCACCACAAAGCCACCACCACCAUACCCGGGCACUGGGAGCCAGCUCACCUUCAGCACUGGGGCUGCUGACAGCCAGGUGCCUGCCAGCAAACCUCCUGGGCCCAUCAGCUUCACCCCCCAAUUCAGUUUUGGAGCCCCCCCAGCACAGUCAGUGGCUCAGCCGGCAUUUGGUAGUGGUGCCCAGCCAGCCUUCGGCACAACCAGUGCCCAGGGCUCCUUUGGCACCAGCAGCACCCAGGCAGCGUUUGGGACCACCACCUCGGUGUUCUCUUUUGGAACAGCCACCUCCACCACAUCUAGCUUUGGUGCCACCACCCAGACUACAAGCAGCAGCACCGGUGCCGCUGUCUUUGGCACCACCCCAUCUCCAUUCACCUUCGGGGCCACCACCCAGUCGGGCCCCUCCACCAGCGCCUUUGGGAUGGGUACACCAGGCCUCAGCAGUGGAUCUCCAGCUGUGGCCUUCAGCUUUGGGGCUGGGCAGAGCGGGGCAGCCCCAGCAGCAACUCCCUUUGGCUCAUCUCUGCCACAGAGUGCCCUGGGAGCACAGGGCCAGAGCACGCCCUUCGCCUUCACCAUGACCAGCACUCCCAACAGCAAGCCUGCAUUUGGAGGACCUCCGGUGCCCACGUUUGGGCAGGGCACACCUGUCCCUGGAGCUGUGGGCAGUGGAAGCAGUACCCUUUCGUUCAGGACACCCAGCAAUCCUGCCUCGAGCUUUGGAGGGGUCGGCACUUCCUUUGGUUCAUCCACUCCCAUCUUCUCCAUCGGGUCAGGAUCCAAGAUGGGCACUCGACAACGGCUGCAGGCGCGGAGGCAGCACACCCGCAAAAAGUAACCCUCGUGCUGCUGGGCUCUGCUGGCCCACAUGUGGGGGCCUCUGGCCUGAAGUUGUCCCUUUGGUGGGACCAGGCCCUGUCCCUGACACCCACCAGAGACCAUGCUGGGAUGGGAUAAACCAAACUCUUGUUACUUGAACAGUUCCAGAGCCAAGACUGGACAAAUCUCUGUACAUAUCCACAAUGUUCUUUCCUUCAAUUUAUUUUGCCUUGUUUAAUAAUGUGUACAUUUCUCCCCAUUUGCUUCUAGCUGUUUCUGUGCCCCUCCCCAUCCCUCAGCCAGCCCCAAGGCUGUGUCCCGUUCAGAGCCUGGCUGGCAACAUGCUGUGGUUCCGAGCUGCUCUCAGACACUGUCUUCACCAGGUCCCAAAAUCUUUCCCAUUUUUCAUCCCAUGGCUGGUGAACAUGGUCCCAUGCCUGCAGGCAGGGCAAGUUCCAGCCUGGCUCUGUUUCAUGCCACAGGUGACUGGCAUGGGUGCAGCUGGGUGACACUCCUUGCUGGGACCUAAUGUCCUGCUACCUCCAGCUGAGGACAUGCCAUAGCCUGGGACCUAGGCUGGAGGUACAGGGUGAGGAUGGGGGUCCCCCCACCCCUCUCCCAUCUCCCGUACUCCAUGGGGCUGUGGGCUGCCCCCCCUACUCCCCAGUUCUGCUUUAUUCAUGCUCCUGUUCCUGCGCUCACUGAAUCGAGUUUGGAGGAAGAACUGAACCGUGUGCGUGGCGGCAUGUUGGUUAUGCCGGAUUUGCUGUUUGGAGUUUCUUUUUUGGGGGGCACCAGUCUUUGGGGGAAGACGUGCCCCGGCUAAUUGGGUGUUGACAGUAGCAUCACUGCGUGGCUGCUCGUGCUGGGGAGUUGUCCCUUCCAUGUCUGUGACUGAAAGGCAGCUAGGACAGGGGGUUCCAACCGUGGCAGUCUCUCCCCUCCCUUUCCCUCUCUCCUAGUACCUCUUCUGCACUUGUGGGAGCUCCGGAAUUUCUGUGAGUAAUUGCUCACAGAGUCCAGAGCACAUGCCUCCAUCCCAGUGGGUUUUACUAGCUCCUAGGAACUGUGGUGCUGCCUCCCCUGCCCCCAUCCAGCCAGGACUGGGAAUCCCACCCUUCCCUGCCUUGGAGCUUCUCUAGGAAGAGACUGUCAGAGCUGGAGGUCAUCAAAGAACCACCCCCUGCCCUGUCCCUGGUGAGGGAUGGGCACUCCAUUCCCAGGAAUGCUUUGCUGCCAGGUUUUUACUCUCUGAGCCGUGUGAGUGUGUGUGUUUG